AUGGAGAUCACUGGAUUCAUUGUUUCCAUUUCUCUAUUUCUUGUUACUGUAUUUUCCUGUGCUGUUUUAGUUAGAAAGAAAAGGAGAAAUCCUGAGAGAAAAUCUAAACUCCCUCCUGGUUCAAUGGGGUGGCCUUAUAUUGGAGAAACACUUCAACUUUAUAGUGAGGAUCCAGAUGUGUUUUUCUCUGAUAGACAAACAAGGUAUGGAGAAAUCUUCAAGACUCAUGUACUUGGUUGCCCUUGUGUCAUGUUGGCAAGCCCGGAGGCAGCUCGGUUCGUGCUUGUCACUCAAGCACACUUGUUCAAGCCUACUUAUCCCAAGAGCAAGGAAAAUCUUAUCGGCCCAAAUGCGCUGUUUUUUCACCAGGAUGAUUACCAUGUGCGCCUCAGAAAACUCGUUCAACGCUCCUUGUAUCCUGAAGCUAUUCGAAACCUGGUGCCAGAUAUUGAAGCCUCAGCAGUUUCUGCAUUGAAUUCAUGGGCCGAUGGUCGCGUUGUUAACACUUUCCAUGAGAUGAAAAAGCUCUCUUUUGAAGUAGGUAUACUAGCCAUUUUUCGCCAUUUGGAGCCCCAUUACAAAGAAGAACUGAACAAGAAUUAUAUUAUAGUAGAUAGAGGUUAUAAUUCUUUCCCAACAAAUUUACCUGGUACUCCAUACCAGAGGGCAAUAAAGGCAAGGAGGAGGCUAAGUGAAAUUCUAAGUAGAAUCACUAGAGAAAGAAAGGAAAAGAAAUUAGCCUAUGAUCAGGACCUGUUAAGCUGUUUCCUGAAUUCGAAAGAUGAAAACGGUGUGAUUCUAAAUGAGGAUCAAAUUGCUGAUAACAUCAUAGGAGUACUUUUUGCUGCCCAGGAUACCACAGCAAGUGGGAUGACAUGGAUUCUCAAGUACCUCUACGACAACCCCAAACUUCUCGAGGAUGUUAAGGCUGAACAGAAGGCAAUAUACCAAUCAAAUGGCAAUGGAAAGAAUCAUUUGACAUGGAAUCAGACAAGAAAUAUGCCAAUUACUUACAAGGUGAUUUUAGAGAGCUUGAGAAUGUCCAGCAUUAUAUCUUUCACAUUUAGAGAGGCAGUCGCUGAUGUAGAAUAUAAAGGUUAUCUUAUUCCAAAAGGUUGGAAGGUUAUGCCUUUGUUCAGGAAUAUUCAUCACAAUCCAGAAUUCUUUGCUGAUCCCCAAAAAUUCGAUUCUUCAAGAUUUGAGGCUGCUCCUAAACCCAAUACAUAUAUGCCUUUUGGCAGUGGAGUACAUGCCUGCCCUGGUAACGAAUUUGCCAAACUAGAGAUGCUCAUUAUGGUGCACCACCUAGCUUCUCAAUUCAGGUACGAAGUAAUGAGAUCUGAAAAUGGAAUCCAAUAUGGGCCAUUCCCUGUCCCUUUACAUGGUCUCCCAGCCAGUUUUUGGAAAGAAGAAUGGACCAAUUAG